CGGGAACGAAAGGAAACAACAGAAGAGGGCGGCCAAAGGGCAAGAAAGCACGAAGCACUUAGGAGGUAGCAGCGCUGUCGAUCGUCCUCGUUGCCACUCCUACGUUACUACUAGUAUUGCUACGACCGGUGCCAGCGCAACGCAACGCAACGUAACGCGAUUGUCGCGAUGCCGAACGAACGCAACGAUGCGGACGGAAGCGGGGGCAACGAUGCCCCGAUCGUUCCCCCGCUGAUCCGGUCUCCGUACCCCACCCGCAGCCGCCGGAGGCAGCUCCAGAUCCAGCAGCAGCAGCAGCAGCAGCAACAGAUGGAGAUCCAGAGGCAACAAGAGCAACAGCAACAAACACAACAGCAGCAGCAGCAGCAGCUCGGCAACGGCGACGAAAGCCUCGACGACGACGGGCUGACGGCCGAUCCCCUGGGGCUGGUGGCCCGCCAGGCCUCGGGCCCCCUUUCCGGCGGCACCGCGUCUCUCGAGGGAGCAUCGUCACCGUCGGUUUCAUCGUCGUUGGCGUUGGCGUUGGCGCAGGGAGGGGAUGCGGCCGUUGCUUCGGCAGCGGCCGGGGUGGCACCGACCGUGACCACCCGGAGGAGGCGGCAGCAGCAGGCGCAGCAGCAACACCAACAGCAGCAGCACCAACAGCAGCAGCAACAACAGCAGCAGCAACAACAGCAGCGGCAGUACCACCCGCGCCGGUCGUCGUCGGGGGGAGCCGCCGGCCUCUUUUCGACCCCGGGGGCCACUCGGGCGUCCUCGAUCGCUCCCGGAACGGCCCCCUUUUCCCACCAUUCCAUGGCGGCUUCCUCCGUGGCCGCGUCCAAAGCAGCGGCCAGCGACUACAUGAUCGGCAGGGGGCUCGUCCAGGCCCGGAUCUCYCCCAUGGCGUCCGCCCCGGGCAGCGGGGGGGGCGGGAACCACCACGGGCAGGGGAGGCGCUUCUUCCCGCCGGGCAGGAACUCGCUCGGGGGGGCCGGAACCGCCGCUGGCGAAGGCAGCGGCAACAGCAAUGGCAACGACGAACACGGCACCGACUCCGAUGCCGCAAACGGAACGGGCAAGGAUCCGAGGGAUGGCACCAGUACCAACGCCAGCAACGGCAAUAGCAACAGCAACAACAUCAACAACAAUAGCAACAGCAACAACAAUUCGAAUAGCAACAGCAACCACCACCACACCGCCGGUUCCAGCGCCUCCCACAACGAACCUUCCGCAAAAACCGCGGAGAAGGAUUUCGUCCUCCACGGAAUGAACAUUACCAGGCUCCGCAGGCUCACCCUGGCGUGCCUKGGAAUGGGCGGCGGCGCGGGAAACAGCGGGGUUCCGACGACGACGACGACGCAGUCCCCCAAGAUGGCYGCCUUUUUUGCGGGGAUGGUCCACUCCAAGACCGGGACCCCGGGCGACGCCUAUCUCUACGCGAGGGCCCUCCACCAGAACGAACAGCCGAUGAGGGCCGUCCGGUGGAUCGAGCAGUCCGGCCUCCUGGGGUGCUACUUCUCCGAGGCGAACCUCGCCGCCGUGGCGGAAGACCUCUCGAGGGAAGAUGCCGGGGAACGAUCCGAGAAGAUCACCGCCGGGCUCGUCCACGAGCGACUCGAGGAACUCAAGACCCUCCAGGUCGAGUCCCUGCUGCUGGCGGCGCAGGCCCUGGGAAGCCUCAGCGACUGGACCGCGGUUUUGCGCCUCCUGGAAGACGUCCGCCACUACACCUUUCCGGAAAGCCACCGGGAACACUACGAGCACCGGCUCUGUUUCCACCGGCAGCGCCAAGGUUUCGUCCACACGGGAAUGGACCACGACGACACGGAGAACUCCUUUCACCCGAACCACAUGACCAUAGUCACCACGGGGGGCAACAGCCACAGCCACAGCCAUGCGCACCACCACCCCGCAAUCCCGCCUCCGCAGUCCCAGAUUCCCCAGCACCUGGACGACGACGACGACAUUGCCUGGCACUCGCUGGCCGACUCGCUGCAGCCCCCUUUUCCGGGAAGCACCAGCAGCAACGCCACGCCGGAGAAGAUCCAUCCGCUCUCGCGGAUCUGCCAGCUGCGGGCCCGGGCCUAUUCCGAGCUCGGUCAUCCCCUCCGGGCCAACCUCUACUGGAACCGGGCCCUCCAGAUCGAUCCCUGGUGCGUCCUUGCCCUGGAGGGGCUGCUGGAAACCUCCGUUCAGUCCCCGGAGAGCGUGGUGCAGUCCGUCCUGGAGGCCAUGUCCGGGCACUCCUCCUCCUCCCCGGUCAUGGAAUCCAGCGACGAGGAAAACCACAACGCCGCCGGAAACGAKGGCGAGAACCAACACGGCAGCCGCAGUGGCCACCGCAAUCCGAACGGCGGCAACAACAACAACAGCGACAACGGCAACGUCCAUGGCAAUGUCCAUGGCAACAGCGACGGCAUCGGCAACACCAUCGACGAUGCCGAAUGGCUCCGGGCCCUGUACCUGGCACGGGUCUGCACGGCGGCUCCCAGCACGGCCAGCGCCAUCGGGGGCAGCGCGGAGAGCGGAGGGACGAAUCCCCCGGACGCCGCCCGCGACGAUCCCAUGGAAGACGACGACGACGACGUCGACAACGACCUUGUGGCAGGCGGCGAUGCCGACGACGGAAACGGUGACGAAACCAUGGGGGCCGGGGGUCCCCCCUCCUUUGCCCUGACGCCCCACCAUCCCUCCUCCCGAUCGGCACCYGCCUCGCGUCCGGAGGACCGGAACCGCCACCCCCGCGAGGGAUCGUCGGCAGCGGGAGCCGAGGAGGGAGGCAUCGGUGGCGGGACCGGAAGCAGCGAUCCUUCCUUCUGGCAGGAGGCGUCCUCCAUUCAGCUCCUCACGCCGAUUCCACAGCAGCAGUCCGUGGCCGACAUGUCGGCCGCGGGAGCGAGCCUCUUUUUCCCCCCGAGCGGCCACCGCCGGCCCCACCCUUGCGCCGACGGGUCCCCGACGGCCGGGGAUCCCUCCACCGCAAAAGCGGUCGGAUCCGCCCUCGACACCUUGUGGAACAAGUUCCGGCUCCGGAACUCCCCCGAGGUCCUGGCCAUGGCGGCCCAGAACGCCUACCGGAGGUACGACUGGAACGCCGCCCUGCGGUUCUGCGAGGAACUCGCCGCCGCCGAUCCGCUCUCCUCCAACACCAACAAGGCGGCCUUUUGCCACGUGAGCACCCUCGUCCAGCUCCAGCGGAAGCGCCCCCUCUUCCGCCUGGCCCACGACUGGGUCGAGUCCUCCCCCAAGGAGGCCCGCUCCUGGUUCGCCGUCGGUGCCUACUACUACGCCUGCGAGCGAUACCACGUGGCCCAGAGGCACUUUUGCCGGGCCACCCGCCUCGAUCCCCACUGCGUCGAGGCAUGGAUCGCCUUUGGGGCCUCCUUUGCGGCAUGCGACGAGUCGGACCAGGCCCUGGCCAGCUUCCGGGCCGCCCAGCGACUGGCACCCGGGAACCACACCAGCCUCCUGUACAUUGCCAUGGAAUACCUGAGGACCAACCACCUGGUCCUGGCCCAGCACUUUCUCAAGGCGGCCAACGAUUCCUCCGGUGGAACGGACCCACUGGUCAAGAGCGAGACGGGGGUCCUGAAACUGAACCAGAGAAAGUACUCCCAGGCGAUUUCCUGGUUCCUGAUGGCGCUGGGGGCCGACCAGGAGUGGGCCUCCUCCAUGGCGAGGCUCCUGGCGGCUCAAGCCCGCGAAACGCCCGGUGGAGACACCCUUCCGCGGUACCUCGCCGCGCUCUCCCGCCUMGUCGAAACCGUCCAGGACCCGUACUGGGAACCCACCCUGUKCAACCUGGCCCACGCCUACCGGAAGGAGCGCCGCUUCGACGCCGCGGUGGUGUGYCUGGAGCAGUGCCUGGCGCUCCGGGAAACCGCCAGCGCCUACUCCGCCCUCGGCUACUGCCUGCACCUCCAGAGCACAACGGUGUCCACCGGGCACCGGUGGGCCGAGCGGGGGAAGCACCCGUUCCGGCCGGAUCRCGAACGGAAGGACAAGAGCAACCGGCUCUUGCAUUCGGCCAUCGAUGCCUACCACCGGUCCCUCGCCAARAAGCCCGAGGAUCCCUUUGCCUCGGAGAUGCUCCAAAAGGCACUGGGGGACGCCCUCGAGCAGACGGACUUUUUCCUGGGCGAAAGCGAAGACGGCGAACACGUGGCCCGCGGCGGUGUGGACGACCCUCCCGAUCCAUCGAAUGCCUACGGGAGCGGCGUCGCGGGAGGCCCGCGUUUGCCGCCAACGGGGGCGGCGGUGCAACACCACUACCACCACGGUGCCGCCCAGAGGCCGCAGCGAAACUCCCUGGAAUCGGUCUCGACGGCGACCACGGGAAUGGGGGAUGCUUCCGGCGCACUCGCUGCCGACCAGUCCUCCCUGUGGACCGAGGACGGGCUCUCGGUAUCGGCGGACACCACCAACGACGACGUCGACAUGACGUGAGGGGACACGACGCAAGCAGAGCAGAGCAGAG